GUUUCAGGAUUGGAUAAAUCUAAGGGGCUUAGGUGUUUAAGCAUUUUGUUUAAAAUCUUGGAUGAGUCAGGUGCUUUACCAUCAGCUAGAAAAUUGAUGAUUGAGUAUCAUUCAUCAGCUGAGG